GGGGCGCGGGGGGCGCGGGGGGCGCGGGCCCCGGCGGCCGCAUGGACACGCUGGAGACGGUGCAGCUGAAGCUGGAGACCAUGAACGCGCAGGCCGACCGGGCCUACCUGCGCCUGUCGCGCAAGUUCGGGCAGCUGCGGCUGCAUCACCUGGAGCGCAGGAACCUGCUCAUCCAGAGCAUCCCGGGCUUCUGGGGCCGCGCCUUCCAGAACCACCCGCAGCUGUCGUCCUUCCUCAACAGCCAGGACCGGGAGGCCCUCGGCUACCUCAACAGCCUGGAGGUGGAGGAGCUCGGCCUGGCCAGGCUGGGCUACAAGAUCAAGUUCUACUUCGGCCGCAACCCCUACUUCCAGAACAAGGUGCUCAUCAAGGAGUACGGCUGCGGGCCCUCGGGCCAGGUGGUGUCCCGCUCCACCCCCAUCCAGUGGCUGCCGGGGCACGACCUGCAGUCCCUGAGCCAGGGGAGCCCGGACAACAGCCGCAGCUUCUUUGGGUGGUUUUCCAACCACAGCUCCAUCGAGUCGGACAAGAUCGUGGAGAUCAUCAACGAGGAGCUGUGGCCCAACCCCCUGCAGUACUACCUUAUGAGCGAGGGGGCCCGGGCCGAGAAAGGGAAGGAGGGCAGGCCGGGCCCGGCGAGGCCGGACCCCGAGGCACCCAAGCCUGGGGCGCCCGAGUCCAUCUGACCCUGCCCUAGUGUCCCCACCACCUCCCGUCGGACCUGCGCCUCAGUGACCAGGCCGCCCCCCCGGCCCGCCGUGUCUUCAUGGUGGCCUCCGCACACUUGCAUCCCCCCCCGGGACUUUAGUUACAAGAAUAGGGUAUAAGCGACCAUGUGCUCUCACCUCCUCGUGGCCUUCGUGCUUUUUCACAUCAGUGCUCCGCGUUAGAGGGUCUCACCCCUACUGUUUGUACGUUAGGCGCACCCGCCUCAAGUGUGUGCGGCCUUUUGUCCGCAUUGCCUGGACCGUGUGCUGGGCCCUGGCCCUUCCCAGCUGUCUGUAACGUGGACACUCAGCCAUCCUCCAAGAGGACCAGCGAGUGUGUCCUCAAGCUCUGCUCCUUCAGGGCCGGUGACUCCCUGAGCUGCGUGUUGGCACUGGCCGUGCUCAUCCGCGGCAGGUGUUGCUGCUGCUGCGGCUGCACAAUGCACACAGUGUCGGCCGUCAGCCCAAACUGAUUGUUCCAAAGCCGUGGGGUCGCCAGCCCAGUUGCCGCCCCCUCCUGGAUCUCUGAUUUUGGCCUGUGCUGCCCUGCGGGGUCCCCGGCUGCCGGGCAUGGAGGAGGCUGAGCGAGAAGCGGUGUGCCACGUGUUCUGGACCAUGUCUCUCCCUGCCUCCGGGCCCUUCUGAUGAACAUUCGUCGAGGUCUGUUCCAUGCCCCAUCUCUGUCUGGCCGUUGAGAUCUGUCUGGGUCACUGUCGGCCCCAGUUGGCCUCCGGGUCAACGAGGACCUCGAGAACUGCCCGUGGACCCAGGCACCCUGCCCGUGCAUGAGGCACACACCCACCCUCCCCAGCCUUCCAGGAGCCCGGCCUGCAGACUGGGGGGCGGGUGUGUGGACGUGUGCUCGCUGUCAUCGUGCUGUGGCUCCAGGUGUGGCCUUGCAUCUGCGGAAGAUUGAGGCUGUAUGCUGCUUAUUUUGCCAUAAGUAAAAUCUUAACCACUUACCCCAUGUUUGCCUAAUGGGAAAAUGUAGCUGUAUCGGUCUGCUUUUUUCUUUUUCUUUUUUUUUUUUUUGUAAUGUUUUGAGCUUUAUUAUGGACGUUUCCAGACGUGCACAGAAAUGGAGAGGCUAUGUCGAUUAUGAUCAACCCGGCAUCUUCCUCUCCCCGCCUGUACUGAUGGAAAGUCCGACACUGUGCCAGCUCAACCUUGACUCCUUUGGGAGAUCGGGACUCUCGGUGGUGGUGAUAGUGGUGGGGUGCACUGUCAUGAUCACAUCAGGUCUGCUGUUUUGCUUUGAAUGUUAACUAAUGAAGUUCCAGAAGUGGGCCUUAGAAAUGAAAGUCUUCAGGAUAAACAGGGAGUCUCAAAAAGAGAGGAAAAGAUGCUCCCUUUCCCCUGUAUCCACAAGAGGAGAGAGACUGUUCUGUUGCAAAUCUUUCAAAGACCGACACGAUACGCUGUUUACUUGAGACCCUUCACCAGGAUAUCAGUCCUUUUUGCCUGUGAAAGAUGGAGGCUUCUGUGGGUGUUAGACGUAUCAUCCGCGUGUCCUGAUCUCAUAAUAUAACUGGUCUUGGAAGUAUGAUUUGGAGAUCGUUUGUGUGUUCUGUGAAAAUAACCUCCCCAAAACAGUUACUGGUUGUCUCACGUGGUAAUCUGACAACCUGGUAAUAAUGCAAGUAUUCCUUUGUUCCUAAACAGUACAAAUAGCUGUAAGCUCCCAUGCAUGAUGGAAAAAUAAAGGUCUGUAUCUCUGUUA